AUGAGAGCCUUAGCAAUUCUUCUAUGCAUUGGUUCCGUGCUGUCCUUCCCAGGCUACGAUUCGUAUGAUGAGUACAACGACUUCCAAGAAGACAGUAACGAAGAUCAUGGCUGUUCCCACCUUGACUUCCUCAAGGGAUUGCCCAAGGAGGCUCUUUCGGAAUACUACAAAAUCGCACGGGACACCUCACAGAGUAUACUGGAGAUGGAGAAAUCUCUGGAACGUUGGGCCGAAAAGCAUGGCGUUGAAGAUAAGUACAAGGCUCAUGCGGAGAAACACGAAAAACAGUUCGAGGCUUUUAAACGAGCCCUUACCGAACUUACCAAAAAGUUGACCACGUUCUUCAAAGCUUACAUAAAGAUUGGCAACGACAAGCGUAUUCGACUUGAAGUUCUUCCUAAGCCAAAGUGUUCACGUAUAGCGGAACCUCUUCAAGGAUUGCGAAACUACACUAUAAACACGAGUUACAAUGAAAAUCAUGAUCAUCCUUCCGAUGACUUACUGUCAGGACUUUCUCAGGAAGCUGUUUCGGAGUACUAUAAAAUCUUUGAGAAUAUCUCGCAAACUUUGGAGCAGUUAGAGGCGUCUUUGGAACGCUGGGCAAAAAAGUACGGUGUUGAGGAAAAAUACAAGGCUCUAUUGGCUAAAUAUGAAAAGGAACAAGCAGAGUUCGCACGUUCGCUCACUGAGUUGUACACAGCACUGAGCACGUUCAUCAAAGAGCACGUGAAGCUUGGCAGCGACAAGAAACAAACGAUUGAGAGUAUAUUCAAAGAAAGUGAGGUGUCAUACAAUAAGCUAAACGAAAAGCAGAAAGCGGUUGUAUCAUAUAUUUUCCUGGUCUAUUCGCAGGAUAUGGAAGAGAAUUCAGCGAUAUCAGGCAAUAGAGGAUUCUCAGAAGAUAGUAGACGGCUCCUUGGAAGUAGAGGAUGGUACUCGAACGGUGGAUUUCAAGCGAACAAUGGAAAAUCAUCGGCAAAUAAUGGUCGAUUCUACAGAGAUAAUAAUGGAUUCCAGGAUGGGGACGAGAUGGAACCUAGAAAUAUUGCUGAAAGCGUUAGUAUCUGA